AUGGCGAAUUCCUCAUCCUUUGUCGAUUCUGUUCCUACGUGUUCUGGCGACCCAUCAGAGUUUGAGACUUUCGUGACUGCAUGUAAGUGGUAUGUCAAGGGCUUGAUCUCUAGUGAGCAAUCACAGGCAGCAUCGCGUGUUUGGUCUCGACUGAAAGGACCAGCCAAGGCAGUGGUCCGACAUCUGAACCCAGAUGACUACUCUGAUGAACAGGGGCUCCAUCGACUUUUGGAGGUCCUUUGGAUGUCGCCCUUGCAGCAGCUUCCGGUGCCAGAUGUUUUUCGUCGUUUGGACCAGUGGCAUCAGUUAAAGCGAUUGUCUUCAGAAACAAUUCCUGAGCUGUUAGUCAGAGAGGAAGAUCUUUUUCUGCAACUGCAACAAUCUCUGGUUAGAGCUAGGGAAGGCAGAUUUCCUGGGAGUUCUGGGGCUUUUGGAACGCCUGAGCCUAGCAUAAAUCGUCCUCCGUCUACUCCUUCUCAGAGUCCGUUGGGGGCAAGGCAUUCAAGUGUACCAGAUGAUUCAGCACGGCGAACAUGGGCGCCUCGACCCCAGGAGUCGAAGGAACCGGAAACUCGUGAUCUCUUUGAGGAGGAAUUACGUGGUUACAGGUUGUUGAAGUCUGCAAGAUUGACAACCAGUGAGCGACAGAGCGUAUUGACACAGACCAACAAUUCCACAGGGUUCUUGCAGAUCAGACGAGCAUUGCGCACUUUGUUUUCUGAAGACGAUGAUUUUGGAAAAGGCGGUCUUCGUAAAGGCCGACUCUACUGGAAUGAGUAUGAAGCUCAUGGCGAAGAUGAGGAUGAGUCCUGGAUGUGGGAAGCUGACGAUCCAGGGACCUGGGAUUGGGAUGACAGUCAAUACAGCCACUGGCAAUCAUGGACUGAUGAUUCAUGGUAUCAGCAACAAGACAGCUUUGUGGAUGAAGGUGCGUGGGAUGAAGAGCUGUUGAAUGAUACUGCCAAUGCCGAUGACAAUUCCGAUCCCGUGGAGCAGCAAUUUAGAGAAGCCUAUGCACUUGCUGGUGAAGCCAACAAGACGUUAGCAGAAGCCAGGGAGGCAGUCCGGAAAGUGAGACAAGCCAGGGGGUAUUUUGCCCCAGAGUCAAUGUCAGGCAAAGGGAUCUCAGGAAAAGGCAAGAUUGGACAUAGCAAGGGAUCCUACGGCUCUGGCAAGAAAGGAAAGUUCAAGGGCAAGGGCAUGGGCAAGCCUACGCAUUUUUACGAUAUCAGUGCUUUGUUUGUACCUGGUGAAAUUUAUCUGACUGGCAUGGUGAACGAUACAUGUGUGGUGAUCGACACUGGAGCAUCCGAGAAUGCAGUUGGGGUAGAUUCUUUGAACAGACUUGUGCAACAAGGUGGAUUUCAGUAUCACGUUGAUUUGGAAGAUCGUCCGGUAUUUCGUUUUGGGAAUGGUCAGCAAUCAGGUGCAGUUAGUCGAGUUGACCUGACAAGCACAGCUUUGGGUACUCUUGCCUUCUAUGUUUUGGACGGAGAAGCAAGCAACACUCCACCUUUGUUGGGCGGCAGGUCUUUGCGUUCAAUUGGGGCAAUCAUGGCAUACGAUCAGAAUCUCUUCAUCUACAACGACAAGGCGUCGGGUUCUCAAUGGAUGGCGGUCAAGAUGCAGCCUUUGCCAUCAGCACAUGUUUCAGUUGACUUGAAGGGUGAUUUGACAGCAAUGGAUGGACGACCCCAGACUGGUGGGAUGUUUCCCAUGCAACAAGAAUCACGAUCUGAAGAGUCGCACAAACCAGUAUGCGACAUGGCAGGCAUGCGUCAAAUGUGGCCUCAGAAUGAGCUAUCAGGUGAAGGGGUCCGGCAAUGGAGAGCAUCGCCACAUGAGAAGAUGGUGAAUGGGAAAUUGAUGGACCUGAAGGGCAUUCAGCUACAGCAGGGCUUGUCCAAUUCCAUGGCAAUCAAUAUGAGCCUUCGGGGGUAUCGCCGCCGAAGGGGCCUGGAUCAGACCGACCAGGGAUCCAACGGCUACACCAUGCCGAAAGGUCAAACCGACCUGUUGAUGGAGGCGGCCGAGAAGUACCUAAGGGAGAAAGGCCUGGAUGGGUUGGAUCCGGAGGAGUUCAAGGAACGUGUGAUGAACCAUGUUCUGGGCAAGAUGCAGGUCAAGAAGGAACCCAAGCCCGAGAUCAACGACCCGAAGGCAGCAGAGGCUAUGGUCCUCGAGAUCAUCUCAUCGGACGAGGAGAACAACAAGGACCCAGCUCAGGCAUCAGCCGUGUCCCGCAAGCGCUGA